AUGUCGGACAAGCUCACCCGUGUCGCCAUUGUCAACAGUGACAAGUGCAAGCCAAAGAAGUGUCGCCAGGAAUGCAAGAAGUCAUGCCCUGUCGUUCGCUCCGGAAAGCUCUGCAUCGAAGUCAGCCCCGAGUCCCGCAUCGCCUUCCUCUCCGAGUCACUAUGCAUUGGUUGUGGUAUCUGUCCCAAGAAGUGCCCCUUCAGCGCCAUCACCAUCAUCAACCUGCCCACGAACCUUGAGACCCAGGUCACCCACCGUUACUCUGCCAACAGUUUCAAGCUUCACCGUUUGCCUAUGCCCCGUCCCGGUAAUGUGCUAGGUCUCGUCGGAACCAACGGUAUCGGAAAGAGUACCGCCCUGAAGAUUCUCAGCGGCAAGCUCAAGCCUAACUUGGGUCGCUACGACAACCCUCCCGACUGGGAGGAUGUCAUCAAGCACUUCCGUGGCUCUGAGCUCCAGAACUACUUCACCAAGCUCCUAGAGGAUGACCUCAAGGCCGUUGUCAAGCCCCAGUAUGUCGACCAGAUCCCUCGGGCUGUCAAGGGUCCUCAGAAGAGCGUCCAGCAUUUGAUUGAUGCUGUGAGCACCCUCGGCAACAAGAAGGAGGUCUGUGACACCCUGGAGCUCAACCACAUCAUGGACCGCGAGAUCAACUUUUUGUCCGGUGGAGAGUUGCAGCGUUUCGCUAUUGGUACUGUCUGUGUCCGCCAGGCCGACGUGUACAUGUUCGACGAGCCGUCUUCCUACCUCGAUGUCAAGCAGAGACUCGCGGCUGCCCGUAUCAUCCGCUCUCUUCUCCGCGAUGACGACUACAUCAUCGUUGUCGAGCACGACUUGUCCGUCCUCGAUUACCUCUCCGACUUCAUCUGCGUUCUGUACGGCAAGCCAGCCGUCUACGGCGUCGUCACACUGCCCCAGUCUGUCCGUGAAGGUAUCAACAUCUUCCUCGACGGUCACAUCCCCACCGAAAACCUGCGUUUCCGCGACGAGUCCCUUACCUUCAAGCUCUCCGAGGGUGCCGACGAAUUCAUGAACGACAAGUCUCGUGCCUUCAAGUACCCCAAGAUGCAGAAGACCCUGGGUAACUUCAAGUUGAGCAUCGAUUCUGGCGACUUUACCGACUCCGAGAUUAUCGUCAUGAUGGGAGAGAACGGAACCGGAAAGACCACUUUCUGCCGUCUACUUGCCGGUGCACUGAAGCCUGACACCAAGUCCGCCGUCCCUGAGAUGAAGAUCAGCAUGAAGCCCCAGACCAUUACCCCCAAGUUUGAGGGCACGGUCCGCCAGCUCUUCUUCAAGAAGAUCAGGGCAUCUUUCCUGUCGCCCCAGUUCCAGACCGAUGUCGUAAAGCCCCUGAAGCUUGACGACUUCAUCGACCAGGAAGUCAAGAACUUGUCCGGUGGUGAAUUGCAGCGUGUCGCCAUCGUCCUAGCUCUCGGUAUGCCCGCCGACAUCUACCUCAUCGACGAGCCCUCGGCCUACCUCGACUCCGAGCAGCGUAUUAUCGCCUCCCGCGUCAUCAAGCGCUUCAUCAUGCACGCCAAGAAGACUGCUUUCAUCGUCGAGCACGACUUCAUCAUGGCCACCUAUCUCGCCGACCGUGUCAUUGUCUUCGACGGCCAGCCCGGCAUUGACGCUCACGCUAACAAGCCUGAGUCCCUUCUGACCGGCUGCAACACAUUCCUCAAGAACCUCGACGUCUCUUUCCGUCGUGACCCUACGAACUACCGCCCUCGUAUCAACAAGGCCAACUCUCAGUUGGACCAGGAGCAGAAAGCCAGCGGCAAUUUCUUCUUCCUGGACAACGACGACGACAAGACGAGUUGA